AAACAAAGUCGACAUCCCCGCCCUUUUGUUUACGCAUUCGCGAAAGACACGUGGUAUUCAGCCAUGUCUGCACCAUGUGACAACUGUGCUGAAAUGGAGGAUGACCCAGCAGAGGAGGACCUGGCCGAUGCCGGGCCGGCAGAACCGGAGGAGGUGUGGCGCUCCACCGCCGCCGACCCGUCGCCCUCACACCGGCGCUGCGUGAUUCACAUCGACAUCGACUGCUUCUACGCCCAGGUGGAGAUGCUGGAACGGCCGGAGCUGCGCGAUAAACCGCUGGGCAUCCAGCAGAAGAACAUUGUCGUCACCAGCAACUACGCGGCUCGCGCGCGCGGCGUCGGCAAGUGCUGCCUGGUGACGGAGGCGCUGCAGGCCUGCCCCGACCUGGUGCUGGUGAACGGCUCCGACCUGACGCGCUACCGGCGCAUGUCAGCGCGCAUCCACCGGCUGCUGACGCGCUUCUCGCGGCGCGUCGAGCGGCUCGGCUUCGACGAGAACUUCCUGGACGUCACGGAGGCGGCGACACGCGCGGCGGGCGGUCGGCCGGCCGCGGCGCCGCCCGGACACGCGCUGGGGAGCGCCGACAGCUGCUCGUGCGGGUGCUCAGCGCGGCUGACGGCGGCGGCGAGUUUGGCAGCGGACGUGCGCCGCGCCCUCCGAGAGGAGCUCGGCAUCACCAGCUGUGCCGGCAUCAGCUUCAACAAACUCCUCGCUAAGCUGGCUGGGGCGACACACAAGCCCGACCAGCAGACGGUGCUGUUUUUCGGAGGCGUGAACGAGCUGCUGCUGUCUGCCGGCGCUGUGCGCUCGCUGCCCGGCGUCGGCUCGCGCACCGCCGCACAGCUAGGUGAUCUCGGGGUGCGGACGACGGCCGAUCUCCGCCGAGCGACCCCGGCUCAGCUGCGGCCUCUGGGCAGCGCCGCCACGGUCGCGGCUCUGAGGGCUCUGGCGUUCGGUGUGGACCCGGGUGAGGUGAAGCCCUCCUCCGCCGCGCUCAGUAUCGGCGUCGAGGACGGGUUCCGGCGGGUGGACAGUGUCGAGGAGUGUGAGGUGAAGCUCCGGGAGCUCGCCCGGCGCGUCCUGGUGCUGCUCGGUGAGGACGGGCGCACGCCGACCGUGCUCAAGCUGUCGAUCCGCCGCUACAACCGAGAGGACUACGGCAGGUUCAGAGAGAGCCGGCAGACCAAGGUGCCGCCCUCGCUGUUCGCCAGGUGGAGGGAGCGCGAGCGGGAGGUGUGCGACAGGCUGCUGGCCGAGGCCAUGGUGCUGCUGAAGAAGAUGUUGAAGGACGAGCCGUUCCACCUGACGCUGCUCGGACUGGCCGUGACCGGGUUCAGCGAACAGAGCGGCUCGGAGAAGGCCGGCAUCGCCAGGUUUGUCCAGAAGGCUGCCUCCUCGGCUACCAAGAGGAAGAGUCUAGAUGAUGCCACAGGAGAUGACGCCCCUCCCGGAGGCGUAGAUCCGGCAGUGUGGGAGAGCCUGCCGCCGGACAUCAAAUCGGAACUGCUACGUGACCAGGAGGUGGGCCCGAGCAAGAAACAAAAGCAGAGGUCUAUUGCCAGCUUCUUUGGCGGUUCAAUCGAUUCAAAGAGUGACUCUAAGCUCGCCGCUCUAGAUGAGAGGUCAGACAGCAUGCCAACGUGCUCUGAUAAGGCUGGGGACACUGCAGGUGACGAAGUGACACGGUCAAGGAGCCCUUCCCCCGUGGAGCUACAGGACAGUGACGAUGACAGGGGAUCAGACAGUGACCUGGAUGACCCCGACAGUGACUCUGAUGACCCAGGGUCACCGGUCAUCGCGAGGUCGGCGACGACCCGUCGUGAGGCUGAGUCGAAGGUGAAUAGUUCCACCACUGAACGGGAGACUUUGGACGCCGAACAGGUGAGAACCGCUUCUCCCACCAGAGGUGGUCGGUCGGACGACCCAGUGAACUCGCGAUCAGUUGCAAAUUCUUCACCUCAUGUAACCUCCGAACGACCCCAGGCGCCGAGCGUUUCUACCCAAGCAAACCCCGCUCAUCGUUCACACCCCUCAUCGGAGGAGAGAGCUGACAGCGAGGAGACGCCAGCCACCCUACAUAGGCGGGCCUCGGCGCAGUCCCCGUCAUCCUCCGCCCCCGGACCCGUACCGGACUCAGCAUCAUCAGCUGCAGCAUCAGCUGCAGCUGACCCAGACCCGAGCGCUCGGUGUGAGGACCAGACCCCAGGCGGAGGAGGGUCGGGGACCGGCCCGGAGGACUGGGACCCGGACGUGUUCAGUCAGCUGCCGCCGGACAUUCAGUUCGAGCUGAAGAUGGCGCGUCGGUCGGCGGGCCGUGGGGCGCCCUCCGGUGGUGGAAAGGUCAGUCCCAGGGGACCAACUGCCGCUGCCGUCGGCGCUGGAGCCGCCGGGCGAGCCAGGAACGGGUCGAUUCUGAAGUUCUUUAAGAAGUGAUUGUGCUGUUAGGUUAGAUCUGUCUGAUUUUCUAAUCGCGUAUUGUACAGUGUUGAAGCGUCGACUGUUUUGUUGGCGGGCCAGUUGUCCAAUCCAUUGAAGCCGUAUCGUGCAAUCAAUUAUGUUUGCAUCUUUAAAUAUGCCUGGAUGGGUUUCAUUGCAGUCGCCCGGACGGAUUGGAGAUGCGCUUAGAGGCUUUCACCAACCCGCAGAGCCCGGAUGGGACGAACGGGUGCGUGGCGCUCGGCUCAGAGCGGAGCCGCCUGUCAAUGUGCUGUGUUGAAAUACUGCCGUUAGAAGCUUGGAAAUGUGAUACGUUUUUACAAUAUAUGUCUUUACAACGCAUAA